AUGGAAAUAUCAGCCACUAAAGUGAAUGAUGGCGCGGAAACAGGAAAAGUCCAGGAUAUUCACCAGUUUUUUGUGUCUCUUGUAGAAUUUGGCUUUAUAGACAUGUCCGUUUCUGCAAUUAGUGAUUCAUGUGAAUUCGAUUUUUAAGUUAUUAACUUUUUAAGUUAUUUUAUUAUCUUUUUUCUACGCCAAUAUUCUCUGUAGGUGCCUUUUAUAUACUGUAGUUAACUAAAACUUUAAAAACUGAUAAUAUACAGGAAUUUUGAACAUAAAACCUACGUUAAAAAAUUGUCAGCUAUCAGUCUGUGUAUGAGCGUGCUCAAUAGUAGAUUGAUAGGGGGUUCAAGCCCUCCCCAUUGACUGUUUUACAUAAUCAUUUUUUUUUAUAUAAUUGUAUUUCUUGAUUGAGAUAUAAGUAUCCGAUACCAGGUUAUUAUCUUAUCAGUCUUAUGAGCUCUAUCAAUAUCUACAGCAAUACCACAGUGAACUUUUUCGUAGUUUUUCAUUUGGUUUUUGGUUAAAGCUGAAAACUUACUUAUAAUAAGCAUAAUAACUGAAGUAAUUUUUCUAACUUAUAAUUUGAUGUUUGAAAUGAUAAUUUAUUAAUAUUAAAAUGUUUUUCAGACUCAAUUUAACGGACUGACGAUGUUAGCUAUUUACAAUGAUGCACUUUUAUCCGUAAAAAUACCCAAUGACCUGGCUAAAAAGCCUCGUAAACUUGACUUUGUAUGUGUUAACUAAACUAUUGAGUAUUUAAGCAUUAUUUUUGUAAAAUUUUAAUAGAUAAAUCAUAUUUUUAUUGAUUAUUAUAAAAAUUAAUGUAUAGAUAUAACCAUUAAUUCUAUGCGCAAAUACAUAGUCGGGAUGAAGGCGAAGGAGAAGAAUUAUCAAUUUAAUAUUAAUCUGGUUAGGAGGUGAUUAUCAUUUUUUAAAUUAUACAUAACAAGAUGGGCUAGAUGAUGCAUUCGGCUUAUCUUAUAAUAACAAGACAUUAUAAAAAUAAAAAAAAUAUUUCAACCCCCUACCCCUUCAAAAUUCCCUACUUCACCCCCGAAUCCGCGAAGUAUCGAUUUGUAGACGAUUUUAUAUUCGGAGCGUAGCGAGAGAUCUACCGAUUUUACUGUGACGUGUUUUUUGAUAUCUAAAGUAACUUUUUUCAUAAUAAUUAAAAAAAAAAACCAAAAAGAAAGAAAUAUACAGCGUAACGAUUUCAUUAUUUAAAAUGUUUAAGAUUAUAUUUUUUCUACCAAAAAUCUUUGUUCCACAUUUAAAGAACAGCAUGUUUUCUGAAAGAAAAAUGUAUCUUGUUUGUAAACAAGAACGUAGUUGUUUGAUUUUUCGUAUAGUUUUCCUAAUAAUUACGAAAAAUCGGGAAAAAGCGUAGAAAAUACGGCAAAAUGUACGGCAUAUGAGAUUUUUUUGUUAUUCGGUUAAAAAUUAUUAUGGGGACCUGUAAGCUGAAGUUUUCUCUAAAUACUCAUGUCGGCCUUUUGUUGAUGUGGUAAAAUUUUAAAUCAUUUUAGCUAUUUUUAUGCUAUUUAUACAAAUUUGAUGUUUUCGCGGUUUUUAAUUAGUUUUUACUUGGGAUGUAACUGUUAUUAAAAUUAUAUGACGUGAAAUGCUUGAAAACUUAACACAAAGUGACAGUGGCUAUUUUUUCUGACUUUUCGCAUUGCACAUACAUGUAUUUGAGUUUGGUAUGUACACGACAUAGACGGAAAUUCAAAAUUUCAAUACCAAAAUAUAUUUUAACUAAAACGUCAUCCAUUUAUAGAAUUUUUAAUGUAAGAUACUGUUUUAAAAACCAAAAAUAAUAUUUUUACACACUAUAAUAAUGAUAACAGAAAAUAACGGUAAUGAAACAUUUUAGAGCUAUUGAUUUGAUAAGUUAUACAAAAAAAAAAAAAUGGCUGAAAAUUAAAUAGUUACUUUUCCAGAUAAUGAGUGUUAUCCUAUCGAAGAUUGAUAACACUGUAAGUGGUUAUAAAAAAAAAAUAAAUAUUUUUCUCUGCGGAACCUCGUGUCUUGUUUAUUAAAAAUAGGAGGUGGCAUGUAGGUACACAUUCUAAUUUGGUGUAGUGCACAAAGUGUGUCCUAGUGCGCGCAAAAAAUAUCCAACGCUCAAUAGUCUAAAAAGCACAUUUGAGUCUAAUGCAUUAGUUUAUUUUUCAUAAGCGUUUUAAAAUCAAAUUUUGAAGAAAACCGUAUAACUUACGGCGUUUCAAAAUACGUCUUGCUGAACUUCGCUCCGAAUCGUUUUUCGUCAGCGAUGGUUUAUCUUUGAGAGACAGAUAUAAAUAAAAUAACUUUGUGCAACCCAUCUUCCCGACGGCAAUCGCACCCGUCCCGAAUAUCAGAUCUGUUUAGUUUUGCUAUGAAAUCGAAUUUUAUUAUAUUAUGCGCUCACCGUAAGUAUAAUAUUUGUACACGUAAAUAACUGAAAAUUAUACGUUUUUCCUGAUACACAAAUAACAUUCUGUAAUAGUUUUAACGGGCACUUUGAAUAUAAUAUAAUAUAAUAUAAGUACAUAGAUCUAUCUAGUUCAAUACGUUUCAACACAAUAAUAUUAUAUAGUAACACGUCGCUGUGUAUUGCGUACAGAUGACGUUCAGGUGCAUAUCGUUUAUAUUUAUUAUAUUAAUAGGAUAGUUUUUGCGAGAACGUUUUUUCACAUGUAAAAUCAGUGCCGUGGGAAUGAACGGCCGAACUGCAGAUGUUCAAAAUAUGUAAUUCGAUUUACAAAAAUGUACGCGAUAAUAAUAUUGUUUAUUAUGCGAACCAAUAGGCGGCUAUACCUAUGUGUUAUAAAAUAUUAUUUUGCACCGGUGCGAAAACGUAAUUUUUGUUCGGUCAAUAUUACAUUUCGGGGGUACCCAUCUCUAUUCGUCAACGAGAGAAAUAAUAUUACACACGUAUACUUUCCAACGGCAUUGACCGGUCGUAUCGUUUAUUAUCAUUAUUAUUUUUGCGUUGUUGUUAUCGGACAAUAAUAAAAUAAUUCGUUUUUGGUACACGUCCUUACAUGGGAAACAAUCAAUAAUAAUAUAUCGUACGACAUUAUCCGGCGGUGCUUAUCAAUUUUUUUGUUCGGCACGAUUUUCGCACGUGGUACAGUUAUUAAACUUACUGUAUUAUGUAGGCAUGAUAUUUAUUAACACUCGAGAUCGGACCGAGGGCAUUAAAAUCGUAUUAUUAUUCUGAAUAUUAUUGUUAUUGGUCGGAGACGGACAAUCAAUCCUCCGGGCCCCGGGACCUUCCGCGCGUUAAUAUUACGUCUCAUUGUUACUGUCAUAGCUAUGAGUAUUGUAGGUAUGAUCGUGUCCGAAUUAAAUCCGGUGAAACUCGAACCCUCCGUACCCCACUCGCCGGCCCCCCCCCACCGUCUAAGUUGGGUUUUAAAAUGUCAUACAACGAUCGCGCGGACAAAACGACCCGAAUCCCCGGGCUCACGCGAUUGUACGAUAACAAUUAUAAACCAUAAUCAUUAUUAUUAUUAAUAACGAUAUUAUUACAAUAGUAGGUAUACAUUAUAACAAUAUAGUAUAAUAUCGAUUCCGUUUGCUCGCGGGCCGAAAUCGUAUUCCCCGCGUACACAUUUUAGGACGCUUCGCGAGAAAUCGCCGAGUAUCUUAACGACAACGUCUUUUUAGAAAUCGCGUGGUUUGUGUACUAAUUACUAAUAAUCCUAUAUAAACUAUGCCUAUAUGAUAUGCUGUAAGUAUAUUCUCUAUUAUAUCCUACAUUCUCAACUAUCCGUCUACAGCGGUGGCCUACCAAUAAGAAGUACCGUCUUGUUUAAGCGCAAGCGUUUGGGGGGGGGGGGCUAAAUUAAACAAAGAAGCUGCAAAAUUCUAGUUGUUAGUUGUUUUAAUUCAUUUUUUAAAUAAAUAUAUAAAAUUAUAAAAUAUGGUAUACCGUACUGUACGGUCCGUACAGUCUACGUAACAUCCCUCCUGGACGGUGGUGUAGUGAAGUCGUUUUUUUAUUUAGGGGCGCAGUCGAGCCCGUUCGAUCGACUGCAGACUUAACAAAACAAAAAUCUGUUUUUCAUGUCCACAAACCAAUAUUUCUGUUUGUCUAUAAUACAACCAAUUUCCAUGUCGAUAAUCCCGAAUUUCCGAGAGGGUCCACGUAAAAACUUGGACGGUAAAAAUCUGGACGGUAUAAAUUUGGAAUUUAAUAUUUAAAACAACUCCCUCGUGUACAACAUACAAAAAACCUCGUGUUAAAUGUUCAAGUAUUUCUCCGUCAUACAAUUUUAUAUUCUAGAUUUGUACCGUCCAGAUUUGUACUGUCCUGAUUUUUACAGUCCAGUUUUGAUCGUCCAAUUUUUUACCGUCCAGAAUUUCACGAAUUUCAAAAUUUUUUAUUCCACAUUUGUACUGUCCAGAUUCGUAGUGCUCAAAUUUGUACAUUCCAGGCUUUUACGAGCUCCUUUACGAGUUAUAUAUUUUUUUCUCAAGUACAUUUAACCGACUUAAGUAGUUUAGAGGGGUAAUACACCGCUUUAGCACCUCUCUAGUUUCACCUCUGUCCUCACACAAGAUACAACUUAUUAAUAUUUUCAUUUCAGUAAAUGUCUAAUGCACAAUUCCCGUUUAAAACUAUAAUAUAGUAUUAUGUUUUUUUUUUUCUAAACUAACAUUUAAUUAGAUGUUCACCGUUAUCAAAAAUUACCCAUCCUUCAUUUCUAACAACAAUAAUAAUUGCACGGUUUUAACUGUACGAGUAAUUAUUUUAAUGAAUAUACCUUCAGAAACAUUUUUUUUUUUUUACGGUUUUGUCUCUUAUUGGAACCAUAAUAUUAUAAUAGUUCUAAAAUUACGCAAUGCCUUAGAAAAUACGAAAUUUCCGGCCGGUGGUAAUUUACUUGAAAUAACUUUUCGAAAUAUCUAUCGAAAUUUCCACAAUUCAUUCCAAAGUCAUUUUUUUCAUUUUUCUUUAUUUCAAGGUUACUUUGGCAACAAGAGAAAAAAAAAUAUCACCACUCCACUUUAUUUUUCAAGUAAUUUUCAUGAUAAUUAGGAAAUAAAGAAUGGAGUCGGAUGAAUUUACGGCACAUACAAAUUUAUCGAAAAUAAUGAUACUUUUCCAUUAUAUUCGAUUUGUUCCAUUUUGUUUUUUAAUUCUAGAAUUCUUGCCUCAAACCUCUAGUGUAGCAACUUAAAUAUAAAGUUAUAUCUAAAAAAACGUUUUUUUUUUUUUUUAUUUUCCGUGUAGUUUCUUUACUUUUAACGAAAUUUGUAAAAAUCACGGCAUUUCAAAAUAUGUUUGAUUGAACUCCGCUCAGAACAGUAUUUCGUCAGUAAUGAUCUAUCGUUGAGAUAGUUAAAUAACUUUAUAUAUCUUACCUUUUCAACUACCCACCUACAAUAGUGGCACAUCCAUCAGCAAUAUCAGCUUUUAUUAAUCCAUUUUAUUUUAUUUUUUUCAGAACAGAGCAAGUGCCAAAAAUCAUUAACUACAAAACAUAUGAAAAUGCCCAGUGAGUACAAUUUUAUAUUUCAAAUUAAUGAAAAUUAGUUAUACUUUAUGGACAAAUAUUGAAAAAAACACGCGAUUGAGUUUUUCAUAAAUCAUAUCCAGAAAAGUAUGCCAUACAAUUUAUAGCAUAAACAAUGAAGGUAUUGAUUAUAAAAAAAAUCUGAAAUGUCUUCACUUUUUGCAAAUGUCAUUUUGCCCAUAAUUGUUUAUUAAUAUUAAUAGUCAUAUUUUAUACACGUAAACAAUAUUUUAGGUAUGAAUUCGGUAACAUUUUUUUAUGUAUAAUAUUAUUAUUAUAUGUAAAUUAUUAAUUCGGCUUGAAAUAUGUAAAACAAAAAGAAAAUAAUGUACAGUUAUAUUGCAGGUAUCUAUAGUACUUAAAAAUUUAAUAAAUAAUCAUUUAAACGAGAAAAAAAUGCAUAUCAUAUGAUCGGUCAUCGUUCAUCAUAAUAUUGUAUCCGUAUUAAAAUCAUUUACAUAAUGAUGAAGUAUCUGCGAUAUGAUUACGGUAUGCGUGAGUGUUUUAUGAUGAAAAAAAAUUGAUAUAAUAAUAUUAUUAAUCGUCGAGAACUAUUAAGAAGGUUAAGAGGCCGUCACAGUAGAAUAUCUAGCCGUCUCCGUUUUUAUAACGGACAAAUUAUAGUAAAAAUGUGUUUAUGUAUAACAAACUAAAACACUAAAAAUCGUUGAAAAUUGGUUUUAGAAAUAAACCGUCUAUAUUAUAAUAUUUGUGAGCUAAUAAAUAAUAAAUAAGCUAAUAAAUACAUUUUGAAGUCAACCUCUUUUUUUUUUCUUGUGAAAUACUAAAUAUUUAAAAAGUCAUCGUUCUUAGUGAGGAAAAAAAAGUUGUACCUUUUUUAUCUUCAAAAAUGAGUUGAAUAUUUAGUGUAAAACGCCGUCCAGGUUACCUUCAAAAUGUGGUCAUCUAUAAGUAUACAUAUCGUAUAUAAAAUAGGUGGAUCGUCUUUAAAACUGAUUCUAUAAAGCCCUUUUCAUUCGUUUUACGCGAAUACUUUUCGGCUACUUCGGUUAUCGAGCCCCGCGUUUUCACCGGGGUUGGACCGUUCCCGCCUUUUUUAUAGAUACAAUAAAAAAAAAAUUUCAAUACUCUAUAAAUAAAGUAUUUAAGAAUAUACAGAAUAAUUCGCUAAGCGUGCUCAUCCCAUUUUUUUGGUUAAAUUUUGCAUGUAUUCAAAUUCUGAUUUUUGCAGGAGUCAGUAGUGGUGUAUCAUUGUAUCUUGUGACGGCACAACGCGUGGCGUUUUGUUAAUGUUCCACUACUUUCCUCUACCUAAACUUAAAAGUGAAAUAUCUCGGAAAUCAAAAAUUUAUUUAAAAUAAUACUCCAUCGAAUUAGAAUUUUGAAUACAUGUUCUCAUUUGCAAAACCUAAGUUGGUAUCGUCAAAAGACACUCCCUAAAUGCUGUGAAAAAUCAAAUUAUUCGAAAAUAUCGGCUUAAACUAUAUUUAAAAAUUUCAAAAAUCAGAAUUUGAAUAAAUGUCAAAUUUAACCAAAACAAUGGGGUGAUCACGCUUAGUGAAUCGUCCUGUAUAUUGUGUGUACCCUCGUUUUAAACUCGUAUUACCUAAACGGUGUAACUUUUUAUAAAUGUAUCGAUUGAAACAACUCGGUUUAUAUUUCGUGUACGUAUAUUAUAUAAUAUAGUAACGCGCUUAUUUUUUUUUAAUGUUGCCGACCGUCAAAUUUCUAUUCGUACGACUAUUUAAUGACAGAACGAAAUAAUAAUUAAUAGUAGAUACGUUUUUGUUAUUAUUUUUUUUUUUCAGUAGUGAAUUUUGCCCAUUUUGUCGUCUAACACGAGUAUUAUAAACGUUGUUUAGUUUCCGGGAGAUAAAACGAAAAACGUGCACGAUGAUGUACAGCCAAUAUAAUAUGGGACGGACGUAGACAUCUGAAAUUUCGAACAUCAAUGGUGCGAAAACAUCGAAACCGGAUAUUUAAACAAUUUAAAUUUCCAAAAUUCGAAAAUGUCUGCUCUCGUACCUCUAUUCGUUUCUAAAAAGAACGAAUAUUACACAAUUUCAGAAAAAUAAUAACUCUUUUUUUUAAUGGCUAUUGUACACUGUACACUCACAUAAACGUAUUUUGUACUUUUAUGCCCGUCGUUUAUGUGAUAUGACAUAAUCGGUAAAAAAUAUAUCAUUUUCGUCGAAAAAUAAAUCCAAAAACAUAGAAAAACCGUUUUUAUACAAAUAUAUUUCUUAAAUAACUUAAAUGUUUAGUUAAAAGAAAUAACUGCAAGUUAUUAUAAUAAUUAAUUUUCUAACAUUUUUUUUGAACUGGUUGAGUUUAAAUUUAUCAAAAUAGAGUAACGUAUAAUUUAACGAUCAACUUUUCACCUAUAAUUAGUGUCCAGUUUUGGUUAUUGAAAUCAUAAUAUAGCGUAAUGUGUAACUGAGACAGUAACCUACCCUAAAUAGUUGGGUUCAGUGGUGGCCAAAAGGAUAAUUUUUAUGAACUAUAUUACGAUUUAUAUAUUUCGAUUUUUUUUUGUGUAUUCAAUACUAUCGUAAUAAUCGUAUUAUUUUCGACACGAUAAACGGUAAAAUGUUUACUAUCGGAAAUCAAUUUCUGGUAUCAUUUAUUCAGUUCUUCACGUGACUAUCGGCUGGAGCUGUUGUAAUAACAACAGUCGUCUGCAGUAAACCGCGGUCCAAACAUAAAGUACUAUCAUAUUACUCUAUGGGUCCAACAUAGAAUACGUAGGGUUCAAUAAGCUAACCAAUCGUUAUCACGAACCGCACAACUGACCACGUUGGUUGAUCGCAGUUUACAAAAUAUUAAUCUACCAUCACAGAUUCGCAGAUUUUAAUUAAUUUUAUCGAGUGUGCGUUCAAAUAUGAUAUACUACUACCCUGUCAGUAAUGUGUACGCGCGCACUAUGGCUUUGCGUAGCGUUUUUCGCUAAAUGCGAUUUAUUACCUAAGAUUGAUAAUAUUUCUAGAUUUUUGUAUAAAAUAUAAAUGGGAGGGCGUAGUGUCUUUUAUCAACAAAGAGGCAUACUAGGUAUUAGUACAACGUAAAAUUUAUACGCGUAUCUCCGUGCACUCGUGAAUCCGUGAACACGUCGCUGGCGGAUUUCGCGGACACAUUGGUUUCGACCGCGAGCCCUCGGGCGGAAAACUACUUCCGUGCGUGCAAAGUAUUUGGACCGGAGCACCGCAGUCAGUCGGGUGUUUUUUUCAAUUAUAAUAUUAUGUUACAUAUUAUUAUGUCGUUGUAAUAACCUAAUGCGUUUUAAAAUAUUAUUAUUAUAUUAUUGUCAUUACAAUAGCGAACGGCGUCGUUUAUUAACUCGGUCGAUUUUUUGUGUAAUAAUUAUACUAGGCCCGAAAUGACCGACUUGCAGUUGCAGUCGGUAGUCGUCGCCCGCGUCCAUUGUUGUUGUCGCCUCGUCCUCCUCCUGCACAGCGGCUCGCGAUAAUCAAAGUGAAAUCUCCCACACGGCCGACAAUUUGUUGCUUUAUAUUUAUUAUUAUUAUUUUAUUUGUAUUUUUUUUUUUUUUUUUUUUUUUUUUUUUUUUGCCCCGGCGUUAUCGGUUCGUUUUGUUCCAUUGUCCGCGCCGACCGUUUAUUUUCUCGAUUCUCCCGACUACGCGGCGACGCACGCGCAUUAUUUAUUUGUAUUAUUUUUUUUUUUCCAUUUGUACAUAUACACGGACACACGUAUGUGUAUUAAUAUCAAUUCUAAAUACGAGACUCUGACUACAACUAAUACGAGUACACGCCACGACGACGUCCCUCGUCUCGUCAUCGACGUAAAACGUGACCGCACGUCCGACAAACACUCAAACGCCCCCCCAGACGUGUUGUAGCUAAAUAUGAAUAGGUACACAAACACGCGUCUUCCGACAAUAUUGCAGUGUUUUAAAAUGACCGACGCAAACCUAUAAACGUCAUAAUAUACAGGGUGAUUAUAGACAGUGGUAUUCGCAUAAAAUAUGCUACAUGUAUACGCUGCGCGCAUAAUAUUCAUUUCAGUUUCAGAAUUAUGAUACAAAUCACAAGUACGUGUACUCAGAAAUAGUUUAAGAAAAAAAGAAAGAAAGAACAACUGUCAAAGUAAAACUUAGAAAACGUAUUUAUUAAUCUAACGAGAAUCUUACUAGUAGAACACAUUCGGGAAUAUUUUUUUCUGUAGACAACUUUUCUACCAGAAAUCUUGCUUCGAUUUACAAAUGUAGCACUUUUUCUAAAAGAAAAUCGGACUGGCGAGGUACUUUAGAGAGGUGAUUUUCAGAUUUUUCCAAUAAAUGGGAAAACCAGAAAAAAAUGGGAAAAUAAUUACAAUAUUAAACAAAUAUUGUUAAAGAAAAUAUAAAAUGCGUAUAUGUAAUUAUUUCAGCAAAAUCUACAAAAAUAUUGAAUUUCUUAUGUACCAACAAAAAAAAAUUGUCAUUCAAAAUAAAUGAUACCCUUACAAUUUGGAGCAAGAUAUCUGGUAGAAAAAAAAAUCAUAAAAUCGUUAAUACCGUAAAUAUUUUUAACCUUUUUCUACCAAUUUUUCUAAACUAUUAGAAAAACUGCAAAUAAUACCAAUAACUUUCCUCUCCUGGGCAAUAACUAGAUCCAAAAUGCUAUAAAAAAAAUUCAUUGUAGUAUUUUGAUUGAAAGCUUUGAAGAUUUCUGAUAAAAAAUUUGUUUACAGACAAAAAAAGAGAGAAUACAAAAACUAAACUAUUAAAUUACUCGCUACCACAGAGUAAUAAAUUGAAACAAAAUUGUUGAUAAUUUUAAGUUUAUUAAUUAGCUGUAUUGUUAGCUUGUAAGCAGUUCUAAACAUUUUACAUUGGUUAUAGUAAAUAUAUACCUAAAUAGAAAAUACUGAACAUGUAAUCCCCUCUCUAUAUUUUACUUUUAUAUCAAAUAAGUAAAAUAAGUUUCAGUGUAGCGAGCUUAUUGUUAAUAAGUAAACGACUUUUAACGUAGAAAAACUUCAAAACAGUUAAUACCGGCGUACUGCUAUGCUGACGGUACUUUAAUUCACGAUAUGUUGCCUAUACAGUACUCCCUAAUCGGGAACAAACAAACUGUACACAUUUCCUUUCACUAUUUCUGGGACUAAUCAGGCAACCUAUAAAACACUAUGUUUAUUCGUGUACACAGUGUUGCCUAUUUGAAUCGGAUAAGGCCCGGUGGCCGGUAUGAUGUUCGGAAUUGUAUUAUUUAUUUUAUUCUGGCGUUUUGUCAUGCCUCCUGUGUUAUAUUUAAGGAGUUACGAAAAGCAAUUUACUGUCGUAACAUUUAUCGACUAGAAUAUAUUCCAAUUCAUUUUCAUAAAUUAAUUUAAAAGUUUCUCUGUGGUUUUAUCACAAGAUUUUUUUUAUAAAUAUACUUUUUUUUAGUAAUUUUUCACACAUUUUUCAUACAUUAAAAGAAGGGGACUUCUUAUCUGUUAAUACUUUGUUUCAAAAAUAUAUCUAGACAGCUUUUCUAAAAAAAAUUGAAAAAUCUAACUACAGAUUUAUUUUUGUUAAUAUCUGAGUUACCUUGACUUAUUACUCUAAUUUUUUUAUAUAUCUAAAAAAUAUUAAUGAGGUUAUCUUCAAAACCCAACAUAAAAACACCUUAUACCUAACAUGAAAACUGUAUGUUAAAGGUACCCGAUGAAAAAUGUUUGUUUAUAUGGUAAACGGUAGCAUAUAGUUUGUUUCAACUGGAUCCCUGAACUUUUUGCGCCUUUUCCAUCUGGCUUACGAAUACAAUUUUUAGUGUGCAUUUCGAAAACACAAGUACAAUAAUAUGCGGAUAUAUCUCUGUAUGUGUUGUUUGGAAUGAGUUACGUUUUAAAAAUCAAUUUGAAGCCAAUUCGGAGCACGUGGAGGUUGCCAACUUCUUUAUAAAAAAUGUCGAUAACUGUAUUUUUGAGCGAAAAUCAGUCGCGUAUCAACAAAGGGUUUUCAUGUUGUCCCACUGGCUUUGUGAAUGAUAAGUUUGUAUCGUUUUAUUAUUAUCAUCAUCAUAAAUUUAUAAAUACUUAAUAUUUAUGAGGUACUUUUAUUCUUUUUUUUUUUUUUUUUUUUGAGCCAGUUUAAAAUAUUAGUGAACGAUUGAGUUAUCCCGAAUGUUAUUAAUAUAAUAUAAUUAAAGAUAAGUUUUUGUUCGACCCAGUCUAAACUUAAUAUUCGUCUUUAAAUUGCCUAUAUAAAACCCCUUAAAGUUAUUACUGUUGCGGUCUUUCUUGUGUUAUGUGAUCAUCUUUUGGUGUAUUGUAUAAGCAAUUUAUAAUACAUCCUUGUACACGUGUUUGCCAACGCGUUCGAGAUCGGUUUCUACGCAAAAUAUUCAAGUUUUACUUAAAACGUUUCUAGUAAAACCUAUUAUUCUUAUAGUUUCUACUAUUAUUGUAUUAUAAUUCACAAUAGUACAUUGAAUAAAUAAAUCAGUUUUAAUUACUGUGAAUACUAUAAGAAAAUAUAUAGAAUAUUACUCGUAAUAAAUUGCUUGAUAAUAUAUGCUAUGUUUGUUUUCCUAAUAAUAUAUUUGCACUAAUAAAACUAACAACUACAAUUUACAUAAAUUAAAUGAGAAUUCCUCAUAUUUACUUUGUAUACGAAUUUCAAUAAUUAAUAGCUUCAGCAGUGUAUGAUAAUAGUGCUGCAAAAGCUGUAUACUUAUUUGCUCGAAAAUUAUUUCCGUUUUACUCGUACUAAAACGACAUGUUAAAAAAAAAAAAAUGAGUAUUGUUCAAUAUUGAUUGGUAAAACUUGUUUGACCAUAUAUAAUCAAUCAGUACCCAUACUCGGAUGAUAAUGAUCAAUAGCGGAAAUCACUGUCGAGUGUCAGUAACCUUUUAAUAGAAACUGCGUAGUAAUUGAAAACAAAUUCAACGUUAAUAAAAUAUCUAUCGAUUCCCCUCCCCCCCCCCAUUAUUUUCUUUAUACCGAGCGACCGAGUGUUUUGAUUAAUUGCAAUGUAAUUCUGAAACGCAUUGACUACAAUAAUAUUGUCGUUUAUAAAUGAUAAUAAUAUAGUACCUAUUACAGUAUCAUUUUGUAAAAAUAAACCAUGUUAUUUAUAGUCGACAAAAAAUGUUGUUAAUAAUUUUCAAACAUUAUACGACAUUGACAACUACGUAUUUGUUUCGAUUUUAUUUCGUAAUGUUUGAUUAUUAUUGUUAAAACCCUACAUCGAUAGGAGUCGUCAUUUUGCACGCACAUGCCGCAGUCAUAAAUUCAAUUAUUAACUGUACCUAUGCAUCGUACCAAUAAUAAUAACAAUACAUUUUAUUAUUCCCGCGGUGACGAAUUAAACGUCGUCGUAGAAAUAUUAAUGAAGUUAAACUGCCGUUAUAUGCGUUUGGAUAUUUCGGAUAUCUUAUGGUUCAUCAGUCAUUACGUCACCGUAAUCGCAAUGACCAAUAAUCUAACAGGUAUUUACAAAAAUAAUACUUGUAGUACACACGAAUCCCAAAUAAACAAUGUCAAAUACGUUAUUAUUUAUUACGGAUAUUAUUAUUAUUAUUAUUAUUAUAAGGUAGGUACGCCAGUUUUAUAUUAUCUGGCAUUAAUUUAGCCGACGUUAACAAAAAAUGACUUGCCUGUCGUAUAAUACGAGCCAUCUUUGUUACUUUUUAUUACAAUACGCACACAUUUUUUUAUUUUUUUAUGUAUACUUUAAUGGCUCGCAAUAAUCUAAUGUUGGAAUUAUUAUACUGCUUUAAUGACAAUAUUAAAAUAUAGCGUUACAAACGUGGAAAUGUUAUAAAACCAUAUGUAUGUGCGUGUAAGACUUUUUAGAUUUCAGUGAGCAUUUAAAUCCGUUUCCACGACAACAUGCAAUUAUAAUACAAUGCUUCCAUGUUUCGUCUUCCAUUAAGUACUCUGUCCGAUCAUCUUUGGUCUGCAUCUCGUUAUUUGUUCAAGUAGUCCUCCGAUCUACGUAUACGACAUGUCCGCGGCUUACCUCAGGCUAAUGCUUUUUAGAACCCAUAUAAUAGAAAAAUGCUUUAUUGUCUACGAUUAUUACAAUAAACUUUCGCUUACAUUGUUGUAAAUAUUUUGUUAAACAAGAUAGCAGAUAGUAAUCAUUAAAUCUUUGUCAAUACAAUUGCCUACAUUUGUGGCAAGAUUAUAGACGUAUCACAAAACAUUUUUGACACCCCUCCGCCCAACGGAUGAUUGGACAUCCAUAUCCCCCAAUAAUUAAGCCACUGCUCCAAUAAAGUUAGUUAUCUCGUCUGAAAGAAAAACAUUUUUUGCACUAGCCUUAACAAUUCCGUAUUUUCAUGUAGUUUCAGAAUUUGUAUAUUGUUAAGCCAACAGAACAUAAAAUAAUCAACAAGUUUAAUAUUUUAAAUUCUGAGUAUAGCGAAGAAAGUGUUGAUUUUAAAAAUACGUUUAUUUUUUGCUUCUUUUUUUUUAUAAAAGAAGCUUCUUUAUUUAUACUGUGUACAAAAAUUCGACUAGGCAUAUUGUUCGAUAUGCACACGUGGUACCGUUUCUGAAAGAAAUAUUUCUUAGAUGCCACCUUAGGAAGGUCAUAUUUUGAUUUUCUAAGUGGUUUUCAUAAUGUCUAGGAAAACCCGGGAUAAAACCUUAAAAAAACGGAAAAUUUACGAAAAUAAUGCUUUUUAUUAUUUUCAAUUUUGUUACUUGUUGUAAUUCAGUUCAAAAUAUUCAUAGAAACUUUAAAUUUAGACAGAAAACUUAUAUUUGUCUUUUCUAGACAUGGUAAAAUUUUCAAAAUUUUUGAACCACUUUUGAGCUUUUAUAGUGAUUUUAAUUUUGCUAGUUAUAUGCGUUACUUUUAGGUACGAUAGGUUCUCUGGUAAAAUUGUUAACAUCAGGAAAAAAUGGGAAAAUAAUUACAAUAUUAAACAAAUAUAAUUAAAGAAAAUAUAUAAUUAUUUUACCAAAAUAUGACAUAUAUAGUUGAUAAAGUAACACUAUUAACAGAACUCCGCGAAGUAUGUCCAUUUUUUUAUAUCACAUAAUUAUUUACAUAGUCAGACGAUAUUUAUUGAAUGGUUUUUUUUUUCUCUUGGCUUGUUAGCCAAGUCAAUUGGUUUCGACAAAAACAUAAUAAUAUACUAUAAAUAUAAAUAUUAUGAUUUUUGUCGUGUAACAAAUGAUUAACAUGACAAUAGUACUUAAUUUUCACGCGUGUUCGAAAUAAAUAAAUAUUAUUACUGCUAGAACAAAAAAUAUCGACUCUGUUUCAGAUUGAAUUAUACAUUUUGGCACCCGAUAAUAUACUAUUCUGUGUUCGGUAGUUCUACUAUAACAUAAAAUAAAUUAUUUGUUAAUAUAUUCCGCCUAAAGUAUUUCCGCCAUUAUAUACACGUAUAUUGGAUAAAAAAAAAACAAAAAUAUAUCGUAAAAUAUUAUGCAAAGUUCGUUAAACAAAGCAUUGUGACUGAAAAAAAAAUUAUGUUGGUAAAUAAUUUUCAUGGAUGUCAUUAUUUUUACAAAGAAACAAAAAUUAGUAAAUUUAAACUAGUGUAUUUUAUGAAUUAGUUAAAAUUUGACAUAUUAUAAUAAAUUUUGAAGGUAAUCAUACAUUUCAAUAUGAUAAAAAUACAAUAGAUAGUAUUAUUGAUGUUCCGCCGAUAAUUACUUAUCAAAAUUUAUUACGAUUUUAUUAUUGUACUUCUAUUUAAAAUGAAUCGUAAACUGCAGAAAUGAGACAAAUCCUUUCAGAAUCAUAUACUUAUAAUUGUAUUCAAUACUUAGUUCGUUGUCCCCCGUGAACAGUUAAAAUGUUAUUAACGUAUGUGUACCAUAUGUAUAACAUAUUUAAACUAACAAGUUAAACGUUGUUUGAAAGUUUUUAGAAUUUGUUAAACAUUGUUUUCCGAGAUAUUCGAGAUACGCGUUUUGUGGUACCAACUUCCCGUAGCACCACACACAAACUCAAAGCAGGGGCGCGUAAAAUAUCGGAAAAUAUUUUGUAGGAACUGUAUUUUAUUGGAAACGUACUUUGUCAGAACCGUAUUUUGGCGGAAAAAUAAUUCGUCAGAAAGUAUUGCCCUCUCUCUCAGUGUCGCCAAAACUGAUCACAAAAUAGUCACAGACGUUUGUUAGACGUUGUUUGAAAGUUGUCAGAAAUUGUUUUCCAUUUAUAUUAUUAAUAUCAACGCUAUUUCAGAGCUAAAAUUACAAAUGCACGAAACACAAUAUUAGCACAGCACAGUAUCAUUAGGUAUAUCUUUAAAAAAUAAGUAAAAAAAAAAAAUGAAAAAAAACAGCUAUGAAAUUGGAUUUCUUAUCGACACACAUAACGCGACAAUAUAAUAAUAUCGUAUAGUAUUAUUAUCAGCGUUUUUUACGGCGCCCCGAGGCAUCGCGAUACCAAUGCGUUCUUCUGGUAUUUUACGUUUUCGUUAGAAUUUUUUUUUCGCUCGCUCGCUCGCUCGCCGCCGAACCUCUGCGUGAGAAUGCGGAUAACAAUAAUAUAAUGACAACAACGCCAUUACAAUUAUUGUCGCCGUCGCCGUACGCCACACUAAACAACGCAAAGCGAGAACAUCGCGUGUCGUGCUACUGGAGACGGCACUGUAUCCACGAGUUACGAUAUAUUAUUACUGUCAUUAUAAUAUUUCCGACCGCGAAAGACACCGUAUCCGUAUUAUAAUGCGGCAACACAAUGCGACGAUCUUAAUACAUUACACACAUGUGUAUAUAUCUGUAUAAUAAUAUCUUUUCCCGGCGCGUGUUUUCGUAUGUGUAAACGAGCGAACGUGACCUAAACGUUUAACUGUAAAAAUACAUUUAUAUACAUAUACUUACCGUGCUUGUUAACCGGGCGUUUAUGCGUGUUCUUUUUUUUUGUUUUUUUUUUAUGCCUACAUACGGUCUCGGCGUGAACUUGCGACGGUAACAUUUUAAGACACCGUCACGGUUUUUUUUUUCUUCUUCUUUUAUUCGCGACGUUAUACCGCGAUGAUGUUAUUAUAAUGUAUACACGGGGCAUACGAGAAAACGCGCGUUUAACGCGGGUACGGUUCGUUAUUGCGACCGAAGAUUAAUUGAUUGAUCACUGAAAAUAAUCGUAAAAAUAAGCGCGGCCGCGGGCACUGACGGGCGACGAAAGUUUCAAAAUCCAGUCGAUUUCGUUGAAAACCCCUUCGAUAAAAAAAAAAAAAAAAAAACGGCGGGCGUAUGUUAUUCUCGUCAGCAAUUCAGACGGGUUUUCCCGCAAUCAAUCCGACCGAUAUGUAAAGCGAUUACAAUAUGUUUGAAAAUUCGGUAUAACAGAUUUAAAUCCGACGUGUUCGCUAUCGAUUAAAUCAUUUUUUUCAAAUUUGUUUUAUUUUUAUUUUUUUUUUUUUUCAUACGCGUUCAAAUUAAAUUUCUGGAAAUCGUAGGCACUGAAAUCCUAAAAAGUGUCCUGUCCGACUUCGUGCACGCUGCACGUUGAAUUCAAAUAUGUUUUCAGAAUUCGUAUCGUUUCACCACUAUACGUCUGUGUUGCUUUCCACGCUGAGUAUGUAUAUAUUGGACACUGAAGGAAAAUAUCGGUACCCAGUUCCCUUAUUAAAUAUUAUCAUCGUUUAAGAUCGCGGAUUAGCAAUGGUGUGAAAUCCGUACAACGAGAAUCGAAUACUGCAGGAUCGCAAUAUUAAUUAUCGAACUGACGGAAUAACUAUACAACGAAUAACAAUCGUAACGGAAUUGGCCGCAGUGUCCAUAAUUAUAUUAUUUGUAUUUUUCGGUAAUAUUAUCUAUUAGAAUACGUACCACACUAAAAUAAUCACGGUACGGUUAAAAUUGCCGACGAUAAUAUAAGUAAUAAUGUAAUGUACUCGUAACUCGUGUUAAUCGGAGAUCGGAUUUUAGAGAACCGCGCGCGAAUUCCAACGUGAAUGUUAUCCGGAAUGUUCGCGCGAGGGAUCACCGUACCUUAUAGGCUACCGUCGUAAUACAUACUCGCAUACCUAUAGUAUUAUUAUGAAAACGAAGAAAAGAAUGUUGCAGGCGGCAUAGGUGGGAGUUAUUUUUAGGUCGCAUUCGAGUCGCGAACAUCCGAUACGUCAUAAUGAAUACUUAUACAUUUGACCUAAAAAUAAAAAUAAAAAUUUCCGGGUUACGCACUCCAUAAGAAUCUUUGCGCACGCCAACUGACGCAAAUGAUUUCACGUGUAUGUCCGUCGUUAUUAUUACCAUAAUCCAUCAGUGUUUAUCUUUAUAAUUUUUUUUUUUUUUUCAAUAAUAUAAUAAACAAACGUAGGUAUUGUCGCCGUUAGAAAAAUGUAAAUUUAAAUCGUUUCGAACGAUCUCGACCAACAGCGGCCGCAGUUAUUUUAAUUUUUUUUUUUAUUUAGAUACUUGGAUCGCGAGUUUUUGGCGAUUUUUUUUUUUUAUCGCCAGGGGAGUAGCGGGUGUACCUCGGUAUAAGUGCUCGCGAAUUGUUUGACAAACACAUAAAUAAUUUAAACACACGCGUUUCUCGGCCAUAACGGUUCAUAACAUCAUUUUGGUGUAAAAUUCACGGGCGUGCCGACUUAUUAUUACCUAUUUAAUUAUUAUAAUAUUUUAUAGUGUGUGUGGGACACGCCGCCGGUCAACAAUAAUAAUUGUCGGACUCGAUAUGGCUGUGGUAUGCGUGAAUGAAGAACAGUACAUUUUGUUUUGCGCGCCGUCCGAACGAAAUUCGUUACCUACACUCGUCUGUGUCGGGAAGUUAUUAUCUACAUGGUAGGGUAGGCAUGUAGUAAAUAAAUACAUAUGGUAUUGUUCAAUUCGCUGUGAAAUUGUUAUUGAAUUAUUACUAUGCGUGUUUAUAAAAUACCACUUGCGAAUUGUGAUCUAUUAACGAAUUGUUGAUGUUCCUCCGUCGAAAACAUGUACUGCACUGGUUGGUAUACACCGGUGUACCCGUUUUAUUCUAAACGGACAGUUUGAAAAAAUAAUAACAGUAACAACUAAUAUUUCACGAGAACUAAACAUAAAGUGUACAAUUGCGGAGUAUGCGAGUACCUAUUUAGUAUAGGUACCGUUUUGUAAACACGUCAAAAUACAUGUCACACACGGAAUGGAAUAAAACACUGUACAAUGCGAUUACCCGCUGGCAAGAUGAUGUAUUUUGUUAAAAAAAAUUUUUGUUUAUAUUAUACGUUGAGUCUUCGGGGGAAGAACGCAGUUUAAAAAAACAUUAAAUUACCUUUAUUAUUAUAAUCGCCAAUAAUCGAUUUCUCGUAAAGCUGCAGACGGUAAUUAUAUUAUCUUUGAUCCCGGGGAUGAAAGGCUUAGUGUGUAUAUGUUUUCAAAAUUUAACUGGGUUGAAUUGAAAACCAUAAAAGUUGACUUGAGCACUUUUUCCCUGGGAAUAGCGGAUUCAAAGCCCACAGGUAUACAUAAAACUACAAAGUUACGAUUUUCACAAAAAUGUAAGUGUCUUCGGAGUUAAUUUUCUGUUGAUUUACCGAUUACACUUUGGUCGAUCUCGACAUUAUUCUAAAGUUACUUGAGCCGGCGUAUAUUUUAAAUGCAAACAUAUUUGACAUUUUUAUUUUUACAUUGAGUAAUAUAUGUACGUGAUCUAUUGUUUAAUUAUAUAGGCACCACAAACAGGGAUACAUUUAACUGUACCAAACUAUUACUCUGCAGUUAUAUCGUUGUUAUAUGGAUACCGAAAUAUCGAAUAACUCUCCCGGUUGUGAACUUUCCGACGGUGUACGUGUAUAUAUAACAUAUCGCGAGUACCUAAUAUUUCAACGCCUGUUUGGUUUUUUUUUUUCUUCCUAUGUCGGAUCUGUAAAAAAAAACUCAUAGGUACUCGUGCCUAUGAGUAUAGUAUACAAGCGUUAUUGUAUAAUUCACCGAAAACGAUGGCUCGCAUUGGUAUACACGAGCAUACACGCGCGUUUUAUUCUUAUAUUCAAACAAAACGGACCGCCUGAGACGUGCAGUAAGUUAAACGUACGCAAAUUAUAUUAUAAAACCGCCGACCCGUGGAAAUCGUCCGAUAAAGUAAAAUUAUCCCGCACACCGUCGGACUAGAUUUUCGGCGGAGGCGUAUAACGAAAUAAUUAGCGUUCGGUCGGCUACCCGUACACACACAGACGCUAUGAAAUCAUUUUCUACAACGCGGUCUACAAUAAUAUUAUGUACAAGAUCAUCGUAAUAAUACGAAUAUUUCCUAUAUAUGUAGGGUAGGUAUACUAUCGACGAACGCGUGUACCAGCACCACUGACCGUCGUGUCGAGAAUGACUCGACUCAUCUACAGCAUAUACAACACGCAUGACCGAUCGAAAAUUUAUAAUCGAUAAACAUUUUUGGUUUUUUUUUUUUUCUAUAGACACAGAAAUCGUUCCUUUUCUUUUUCUUUUCCUGGUUUUUUUAAUUAUCGCCACGAGGAUCCGGACAACGGCAAAAAACGCGAAACGCCAAGGUAUACUUUUUGUAUACUGCGCGAUGCGAUGCGGUCACUGCAGCAACAAUCGCAAUAAUUAUUCUGUCAACUGGAAAUCGAUGUUUUUUUUUUUUCCCCCCAUCCUCAAUCGAAUAAUAUUAUAAAUUAUAAUGUACAGGCACGAAUCUUGACGUUCUGCGUAUAAUAUUACCGUCGAUGCGGAAGACAUCGCGGUUAUGCAAAUACAAAUAAUAAUAAUGAUAGGCAUCGAUGACUGCCUGCGCAACGGCCGAAUUGUUUUUAUACAGAAUGAUCCGUAGUUUUACGAAUCCCUUUAAAACAAUAAUAUUUACUUCAUAAUAUAAUCGAUUUUUAGAUGGUAAACCGAUAAUCGUUUUCCCUAUUCCUCGGGUCUAAAAUUUAAACUGUGUCAUAACUCAUAAAAUCGUUAUUGAUAGCGGUGUAUGCGUAUCGAAAUGUAUAAACAGAUUCUUCUCUCAAUCUCUCUACGACUUUGUGUUUACACGGGACGGUCCCUAUUUCAAAACAAAAAGUAUAAUAUUACUCGUCUGAGGUGGGUGUAAGGAGACGGGGUAAACAAUUGAAAAUAACGUUAAAAUAAAGCUUAUAAGAAACGCAUUAUUAUUAACGCAGUAACAUACUAACAUGUGUCGUCUCUAUCGGAAAAUAUGUCUAAACAAAUGAGGCUUCCGAUAGUGUUCAGACUUACACCAAAAAUUAUUUCACCAAGGAUUAACACUUUUAUUAUAUUUUCAAAGAGGGGUUUAUUGAUAUAGUGAUUAUACAGUUUUUAUUAAGACAAAAAAAUUAAUUAUUUUUUUUUUUUACCAUAGGUACUGUAUUAUAAUUAUUUAACAGAUAUCAAAAUAAAAAAAAAAUGUCCCCUUUUCAAAACAUAGUGCAUGCGUGGUCGUCUUUAAUUUUGGCGAAAGAAUAUUCGUUUAAGGUCUAGGUCCCGAGUACGAUGGGAAUACCGCUUAAACGUUUUCAUUGCAGUUGGAAAAAAAUAACCGAAAUCAAAUACGCUUAUAAAAAUUCCUCCGUGAACACCGCCGGUCCGCGAUAAAUUGAACACUCUGUAUAUCGCUAUAAAUACCAUGUGCGUAUAGAAAGUCAUCGAUAAUAUGUCGUAUCCGACCCGUGCGUAUCGGAUCGCCGGAAGUUUAGGCCCAUAGGGUUAGCGUACCCAUGUAUUAUUAAUAUAUUAUAAAUAGUUACGCGACGUAAAAAUCACUAAUAAGCUGAAGCAUACGCAUUAUACCUAUAAUCAGUAGGUAACUUAUACAGAAAUCGAGGUUGGCGUUCUAAUCAAAGUGUAUAAUAUUUCGUAUUAUUAGGAAGUCCGUAUAUAACACAUUAAAUAACUACGCCGAUUAUAAUGAUAUACUCGUAUAAUAUAGACGCGUCAUCGUCCGUCGGUCUUGUAAUACAGGCUUUUCAUUUUAUAGGCUAUAUAUUUAUGUAUAAUAAAUACAAAAACGUCAUUUAAAAAAAAAUAUUUCGUCGUUUUUAUUGCUCAAUUAUAGGCGUGUUUUGUCGAUGCAGUUAUACGAGCGACUUGAUGGCUAGUAUGGUUUACAGUGAACAAACUUUUUCAACGGUAUAUAGUUCAUUUACAGUGUUGGGAAAGUUCCUUUUAAAAAGUAAUUUGUUCCCGUCCCUCGUUCCUUAAAAAAAGGAACUCGUUCCCUGUUUUUUUUUUUAUGAAUUCCCAUGUUACAUAUUCAUAAAAAAAAUAUAUCGAUAGCAUGGGUGCAGCUACUGCUGUAGGUGGGAAGUUGGGAUGGUAGAAUAACUAAAAUUGGAAACUAUUAUUACUUCUUAGAAUUAACAUGUUUAAAAUUCUAAUAAAUUAAAUUAAAUUAAUUUUCUAGUUCCUACUCUACAGAAAAAUAAAUUAACAAACAUAUCACUUUAAAAAUCAAUGAUAAGGCAAUAAGUAAUAAAAUAAUUAAUCAUCAAUUAACUGUACCUGUACAGUAAACAAAACGUUUUAGCGGAAAUGCAACCGAGUAUAGAUAACAGUGCAACAAACUUUUACCGAUAACUGCAUUACCAAAACACGCAUGAUAUAAUAUUAUUUAUUGUGUAUAGUUUGAAAGACCAUUUCGCAAGAAAAAAUACGCCCGCGUAUUUUAUACCUACCUCGAAUAAGAAUACGAAUAGGUACGAAAUUAUAAUUCGUGUGAGACUUUUUUUUUUAAAAAAAUUGAACGUUGUGCUUUUAUUGUUGUCAUUGCCGCAGUUAUAACGGUAACAAAAUCAUUCGAUCUCCCCUAUAGGUACCUUUAUUAUAUACUCGUUGCAGAGACAAUUGAUGGUAACCCGGGGAAUCUAGGACACGACUAUUUUCCCAUCAGAAAUUUUACCUAGAUAGAAUAAUUAACAAUAGUAUUUUAAUUAGGUUAUAACUAUAAGCUACGGGUAUACGUGUAUAAUAACAUAAUAUAGACACUAUUAUAUUAAUACACAAAACCUUAAACCACUUCCGAUUUGCAGCCGAGAAUAGAAAAUAUCACUUGUACAAAUAUAUUUUUAAUGAAGGUAAUCGAGGGCCCGCCUAUGGGCGACUACACGUAUAAAAUAACUACGUCGUGUACCGAUAGUUUAUAUAUGUCACAGUAAUCCAGGAUGUACCGGUAAACUCUAGGUUUUAGAAAACAGUUUGGUCAAUCCCCAAAUGAUUUUUAUAGUCGGGACUUUUCCAAACGAUACUUAGUAAAUCUUAGGACGAGCAACUUAGUCCGAAAUUUCAUUUUUCUUUUAAUAUUUAUCGAGUGGUUUUAUCCCUUGCUUUAUACGAGUAUAAACUGAUAUCAAUCGAAUAUUAUACGAUAAUUUAUUAUAAGUUUAUAUCAUCACAAAAAUUGAAAAAAUUAUUACUCUUAUUAGAUUAUUACAAUAUUAAACAUAUAAUAUUUAUUACAAAAUUUAUUAUUUGUUUAUGCAGGCUUGGCUACUAUAGCCAAAUUGGACUAUAUAAUACUUUUUUGAUCGACAUUUUCAUCGAUUUGAAUUUUAUUACAGUUCGCCAAAUAAAAUCCUAAAAAAUGUCUUUGAAAAAAAAUCCUUUUAUGUCCAAUAAAAUUUUAAAUAAUAAACGAACAUUUUUUUUUUUUGAUGCUCCACUACUCUUACAGUCCGCUUACCUAAACUUAAAAGUGGAAUAUAUUAUCAACAGGUUGACAGAAAUCAUACGUUUCAACGCCAAAAUAAUGUACUUAAACUAAUAUUCCGUCCAUUUAUGAAAUUUUUAAUAUAGGCUUCAAUUUGAAAAUCAAAAAAAAUAAAUGUUUCAACUAAAAAUAAAGUUUUUACACAAUUCAUUUUUUUUUUUUAAAUGAGUAUUUCAUGAGAAAUUUGACUGCAACACGGAAAUUAUAAAAACCUAGUGUACAACUUACAAUAUAUUACUUCUACUUCCAUCGGCUUAAUUUUUUUCUUUUAGUUAAAUAAUACAAAAAAGCUGUCCUAGGAUAAUCGAGACGGGUGCAGCUACUGUUGUUGGUGAAAAGUUGGGAGGGUAGGAUAUAAAGAGGAAAUUAAUUUGUAUCUGUAAGCAACGAUAAACCAUUGCUUACUAAAACCGAUUUUUAGCGGAGUUCAGUUGAUUGUGAUGCAAAGCUUUAUCAACAAUAUUUAUGUCAUAUUAUGGUAAAAUAAUUAAAUAGGCAUUAUAUAAUUUCGUCGAUAAUAUUUGUUUAAUAUUGUAAUUAUUUUCUCGUUUUUCCCGGUUGUUCUUGAAAAAAUUGAAAAAUGACCUCCCCAAAGUACCAAGAAAAUUUCCUUUCAGAAAAGGGUCUACAUCGGAGAUGUAAUCAGAGUAUGCUUCCUAAUAGAAAAAAUGUUAACGUCAUAAAAAAAUAAUAAUAAAAAUAAACAUCUUUGUAAAACCAAUAAAUUCUUUGCUUCACUCAAAAUAUAAAAAUCUAAAAUAGAAAUAAUAAUAAUUCAAAAUAAUGUAAGAUUCCAAAAACUUUUUACAUAUGCCGUUUAAAAAUACAAAAAGUAUUUCAUGAUGAAAUCGACGGUUACAUAAAACUUUAAAUAUUCUGUACAUGCCGAAACAUGACAGGGUUCUUAUUAUUUCGUUACCCCAACGUAUCAUGAUGAUCCUUCGUAUGUUUAUAGCUCAAACGCGUGUUGCACAAAAUUACCUUAAACGUCAUGCUACCACUACAAUUCCCAAACGUGUCCAAAAGUUUAUUUGGAGAACAUCGAUUUUUUUAUAUUUAAAAUAAAAAUUAUUUAUAUACAAUCAGAAAUAUGUUUGCAUUUUUAUUUUUUGUUCCAGGAAUAAAAGUCUCAAUGUUUUAAAACGUCCGUCGACUAUAUUGUAG